AUGCCGUCCUCCGCUGGUCAGAAGGUCACCGACCCCACCGCUAACCCGAUCGCCGAGGGCACCGGCAUCGUCACCAGUGACUCUCUGGCCGCCGAAUCCCUGAAGGGUGACGGCUCUUUCGCCGCUGGGAAUCUUAAGGCUGGCGUGAGCGCACAGCCAAGCCGUGGCACCACAAUUAACACGACCGACACGUCGGCGGCGCGUACGCUGCACUCGGCGGCGGACGCGGAGUCGCGCGACGCGCAGCAGGAGUGGAGCGAGCAGGCGCAGCUGAACGCAGGCAGCGGGCUGAGCGGCAAGGGACCGACCUACAACACUACUACUAGCUCGAGCAACGCCGGAAUUGCCCCUACGGCUUACAGCGCGAGCCAGCUGCACGAGCAGAAGCCGAAGGGGGCGAAUCUCACCGAGGGCGACUUCUCGUCCUACGCGCCCAACGCCAGCUUCAACAGUGAGAUCGGCUCCAAAAACGACCCAGGCCGCAUUGCUGAGCAGAAGUUCCAGCACAGCGCUCAGCAGAGCGGCCUCGAUGCGGCGCAACCGAAGGACAAGGGCGACACUGGUGACCAGCCCUACUCGGUUCUAAAGGAGGCGUCGGCCUGA